UAUGUAAUUUAAGUUUUUUUCGUGUACUAAAAAACCGCAGCACUUUAGCACCAAGAAAUUGGUGGAAAAUGUGAUAAGAAAAAUAUUUAUUUGUUUUUCUUUGCGAUAAAAAGUAUUACUUUCGGCGAAAUUCUUAAAAAUUCGGUUGUGUUAUGUAAUAUCAGCCAAUCAGUAAACCAUAUUUAUUAGGGCUCUUUUAUCAAGGCAGCAUACAACUAGUAGUAUAUAUCCCCUGAAAUGUAAUGUAAUUUAAAAUCACCUUUCAUAAAUUUUCAAGGAAAAGAAAAAAUCAUAUAAAAAAAAACUCGUAUGAAAACCAAAUCUAAAUUUUGGUUAUGUCUGAAGAUUAGCCAAGAUGAGCAAUAGCCAACUUGGCGAUUUGGGUAGCGGUGCUGGCAAAGGGGGCGGUGGCGGUGGUUCGAUUCGCGAAGCUGGUGGUGCUUUCGGCAAAAUGGAAGCGGCGCGUGAAGAAGAAUACUUCUACAAGAAGCAAAAGGAACAACUCGACCGUUUGAAGAACGAUCAAAUCCACCAAGCUGAAUUCCAUGCUCAACAGAUCAAGGAACACGAAGAAGCCAUCCAGCGCCAUAAGGCCUUCCUCGAGAAUAUUAAGAAGUAAACACGAAAGCCUGUAAGAUGUAGCAUCACUAAACGGCUCGAAUGUCAAUAUCAGGACAAAAACAGCCGCAGCAAAUGCUUUAAAAAAGCUAUCACAAUUAUAAUAUAAGAACGAAAAACAACAACAUCCGAUUAUUUUGCACUUUUGGUAUUUUUUAUUUUUGUUAAGUUUUCACCGUUCAUAAACUUACUGUAUGUCAGUGUUGAACAUUUUGAACGAUUUACAAAAUCGGAUUAUAAAUAAAAUUGAGCUAACGCAAUAAAAAUGGAAAACCUUUAAAUGUGAAACUCCGAA